CUUCUAUCCCUUAUAACAUUUCUAGUGUUCUUUUUUUUUUCUUAAAGGAUUUUAUUAAUAAAAUAAAAUGGCUGACGAAGAGAGAGCCAAUGCCAUGAUGGCUGAAGCACAGAAAAGAUUGGAAUCAUCCAAAUCCUUUUUUGGUAAGAUGUUUGGAGCACAUUCUAAGCUGGAGGAGGCUUGUGAUCUUUAUAUACGUGCUGGUAACUCAUAUAAAAUGGCGAAAAAGUGGAGUGCUGCAGGAAAUGCAUUUGGUGAAGCUGCAAAGGUACAGUUAAAUCAUUUGCAAGUUAAACACGACGCAGCUUCGCAAUACGUUGAGGCAGCUAAUUGUUACCGAAAAGCAGAUUUCCAGGAGGCAAUAAACUGUUUAGAACUAGCUAUCGAGAUAUUCACAGAGAUGGGGAGGUUCUCAAUAGCAGCCAAGCAUCAUGUUACUAUAGCUGAAAUAUACGAGUCCAACGUUAUGGACGUUGAAAAGGCUAUUAUUCAUUUCACCCAAGCUGCAGAUUAUUACAAAGGUGAAGAAUCUAGCAGCUCUGCAAACAAGUGUUUACUAAAAGUAGCCAUGUAUUCAGCACAACAGGAAAAUUAUAUAAAAGCUAUUAGUAUUUAUGAAGAGGUAGCUGCAGUUUCUUUGGAGAGUUCACUGUUAAAAUAUAGCGCACGAGAAUACCUCUUUAAAUCAUCGUUAUGUCAGAUGUGUGUAGACAUGGCUACCGCGGAAAGUGCUAUUGAGAAAUACUGCCACAUGUUUCCAGCUUUUGAAGAUUCGAGAGAAAUGAAACUACUCCAGAAAUUAAUGGAAGCACACAAAGAAGAAAGCGCUGAUAACUUCACAGAAGCUGUACGUGAAUACGAUGCUAUCUCUCGUCUCGAUCAAUGGUACACGACUAUAUUACUUAGGAUAAAGAAUACACUGAGUGAUGGGGAUAUGGAUUUACGCUAACGAUAAUAGAUGGAAAUAAUAUGCUGACGAGCCUGUGUCAAGGCGCUUCAAGUUCUUUAUUGCCUCAACUGAUUUGUACCUCCUAACUUUCCGUACCAUAUCCAGAAAGAAUGUAUUUAAGAAUCCCAAAAUUUUCCUUUUUAAUCACGAAACAAUAUUAUUGACUUCUUCCUGAACAUCGCUUUUUCGGUGUUAAAUAUUUUGGCUACAAUUUCUCUUGGGUAUCUUUUACUGCUAUUUUAAUUAUGAGGUCUUCUAGCAAGGAAGUGUAAUUUUUUAUUUCAUUGUAACAUUGGCAACUUGUAUAACCAAAUUCGCGAAAGUGUAUUUCCGCAAAACAUAUAUUUUUUUUGCAAGAGAAACAAAUUUCCUGCGAGUGAAAGGCAACAAGCCUAAAAUUAAAUGUCUUGAGGGAAUAAAUUUUCGCGUGUUACAGUUAAAAGGAAAUAUUUUGCGGUUGUUUAAUUUUCGCGAAUAGCUGUUAAAGUUCAGAUAGAAAUUUUGUUUUCGCCUUGCCGUAAUUUCUGUAGGUACAACGAAGAUAUACUGAUUCCCAAGUGAUUAAGAUAGCCUUUACAUGG